AUGCAUGAUCGAGUUAUUUCAGCCUCAUAUCAUCGUGGGAGUCCAAGUGGGCAUAAGUCAAAAGGUCAGUCGCACAUGGGUCAGGCUGGUAGUAGUGUGGGACUGGACGAUGUAUUUGAUCAUGCCAGUUUGGACCUACAGAAUGUGAGUGACAAUGAGGAUGUCCCGAUUGAAGAUAUUGACUCAGAAGGGUUUAAUGAUUUCGGUGCGAUUACUGCCCAACCUUGGGUUGUCACGAGGCCAAUUGUUGGUGGCCCUCAUGACGGUUCUGUUAUUCCCAGUUUCUUUGGUCAUGUGGCUCAUCUCUUGACGGCUAAGUCCUCUAAACCCUCCUUGGAGAUGGAUACAAGAGUCACAUACUUCAAGCUGUUGAAUGAAUGGAAAAAAGGUUCUAUGUCGACUGAGUAUCAAAUCUUAUUGGCUGGUACAAGGCUGUCCCACAUCGUGGACAUCGUGCACACCAACAUUGAUAAGGCAUUGAUUACAGCAUUCGUGGAGAGAUUGAUUAUAGCACAACCUGGGACUGUCAAUUGUAAGACUUUGGUCAUGAGGGCACUGAAAAUGACUAGCCAGACGCUACAGACUAGUAAAGUAAUCCACGGUGGAGGGGUUCAAUUGGGUCUUGUCGUGAAGGCAGGCCGAGUGGCAGCGUCUGGUUUAGAUGAGACUCCUGGACAACCCCGAGCUGGAUGGUAUGGCAUCCCAAUUCCUGAUAACAGUGCAGAACGUUUGAGGAAGCUUCGCCUCCAGAUCGACAAGCUGACACCCACUAAUGUUGAAUGGUUGCCUGAUGGCCCUGAGCCUGUUUACGAUGAUCCGAGGACCAUAUACAUUGAUUGGAUACAGUAUCGCGAUAUUAUUGAUCCAUACUUGCCUAAUGGAGUAUUGCGCCAGAUCGGAUACAUCCAGGUCAUCCCUCCACCCAUUUCUUAUCCCAUUAGUGCGAUUCGUAGUGGUAAUCACCACUCCUACAAGGUUUCAUGGAGGGCCACUGAGGCGUUAGAUGCUUGGUUGCAAUUCUCAUUCAGUUCGGGCUGGAUCUAG